UGUCACAAUUGGUGAACAUGUACAUGUGUGUAAGAUAUUGCGCCUAGUUUAAAAUGGCGCGCAUGGGAAGUAUUGUAUGUAUAAUACUGAUUUUGUCUACAACUUUGUGUGAAUGCAACAAUAACAUCUGCGAUCGACGACCAUUGGGAACCAAAACAGAACCACUUCCACCAGACAAUCGCUUCAAAAUCGACAUUGUUGGCAUCAACGACGAUCAGUACAUACCACAGAGGCAGUAUACAGUUCGACUUUAUUCAACCGAUAGCACUUCAACUUUUAUUGCAUUUACAAUAGCAGCGCGCGAAGACACCAAGCCAAACGAGAAGAAUCCUCGAAAGCCAAUUCUCUUAGAUGCCGGCUCCAUUCGAGUUUCACCUGAAUUCCCCUCCAAACCCAGCCCUAAUUGCAAAAACUCUGUUAUUCAGUCUGAUAUUACACCAAAAACAUUUGUAGAGGCAAUUUGGCUAGCUCCUCCAAAAGACAAUAAAUGUGUAACAAUAUAUGCAGUUCUGGCAGUGAAAGAAGAUGUCUGGUAUAAUUUUGAAGGACCUCUGUCGAAGAGAGUCUGUGAAGAUCGUCGUAACGCUGAAGAUAUGCAGCCCGCUGUAAACGAUGAUUGUAGAGUUUGCGAAGACGCAAGAUAUAUGGUGAUGUUUGAUGGCAUCUGGUCUUACAAUACUCACCCGUAUAUGUUCCCCGAGUCGAGAUCAUUAGCACGGUUCAGUGACGUGGUUGGAGCGUCACACAGUAACAGAUACAGUGUCUACCAGUUUAAUUCAGACGCAAGCGCCGGCUUACAAAUGUUGGCCGAACAGGGAAAUACUACCGAACUAGAAAUUGCUAUUCAAUCACAACUUGGAUCAUCUGUGAGGACUAUUAUAAAGGCGGCCAGUCAGCCACAACCAAACAUGGCGACUGUAGCCACAUUCCGUGUCACUAAAGUCCACCACCUCGUGUCGCUGGUGACAGCCAUUCUUCCAUCUCCUGACUGGUUCCUGGGAGUAUCCAAUAUGGAGCUGUGUGACGCAAUAACUAAUAGAUGGGCGCCCAAUUUAACGCUAAACUUGUAUCCUUUGGAUGCUGGUACGGACAGUGGAUUAACAUUUGAGGCACCAAAUGAAGAAACAAUGCCACCACAACCAAUAUCAUCAGCGCCAAUAAAUAAAGACAUACCUAAGGAGCAGAUGAGACCCUUUGCCAAAUUGAAAUUUGAGUUGAUCAGGACUUAUCAAACCCCGGACUGCUCAACGGAAUCACCAGUUGAUCUAAAUUUAGAGGACUCUAAAGAUGAUGAUAAAGAUACGAAUGAAUACGUCGCUCCAACGACUCAAGAGGCUGAGGAGGUUACUAUAUCCAUAGCACCUGGCUCAUCACCGGACUGCCCCAUAACUGAAUGGGAGGAAUGGCUGCCAUGUGAGGGAGAAUGUGAAAACAACAGAUUAAAGGGUUUCCAAAGCCGGUUCCGAUACCAUAUCGUAGAUGGUGUGCCGGUAGGAAAAUACGUUGAAAACGGGCCUAAAAUGGAAGACAAAGAAAUAUCUCCGUACUGUUUGGAAAACUAUCCCGAUAGUGAAACACAGGAGUGCGAAGAAUCAUGUGACGAAGAAGAAGAAACCGUGGCCCAAAGGAGAAUUUGGUGAUGCUUGGAGUAAUAUAUUAUUGUCACCUCUAUAGUUUAUUAAAGCCAAUCAAGAAAGGAAUUUAACAGCAUAGUUUUAAUUAUAAAGAGCUUUAACACAAAUAAAAAACGAUAAUAUUCUGA